UUAUUCGGCUAAAACACGUGCGAUCAUAAAAAGAUUUAUAAAUGUGAUUUUGUUUUCAUUUAGAUCGACUAAAUGGAACAACGUGUUGUUCAAGUUCUCAAGAAAGUUUCUUUAAAGUUUUAUUACCGAUAAAGAUAAAUGCAUUGUCAUGCUGAUGCUCACAUCACAAAAUCCUUCGGGAAUCCUUAUAGUUUUCUGCAUGUUUCUCAUCUGGACUGGUUUGUCUGUAAUGGCAUAUGAUAUUGAAUACUACAAUAACACUACAAAUUGGUUAAAUAAAUCCGAUAUUAAAAUAUCCGAAGUUCGCCAGGCUGUCACAUUGCUUAAGAAAGUUAUGGACAAUAUCAGUGCUUAUCUUGGCGAUAUGGAUACAAUCGGAAGUACACAGCCAAAGUGUCUAAAGGUUCAGUGUCGAAUCAUUUGCUUCAAUGGUAGACAAAGCGAAAUCGCGAAAGAUAUAACAAUCGCUUUAUCCCAAAUAGAUGAUAAUAAUCCAUGUAUUAUCAUCGACGAGCUGCAUCUCUACAACUAUAAGUUCCUUGACGCCGUGUUGCCAGUCGGCUUUUUAUCUACGUACACCAAAAAGAUAAGGCUCAUUUAUAUCGGCAUCUCAAAUAUCACCAAAAUUGAGAGUGGUGCAUUUGGCGGAGGCAUAUUCAAUCAAAUAGUUCUGGAAGAACUUCGGCUAGAGAAAAUCGAUAGGACGUUUUUCACAAACAUCACAUCACAUUUCAAAGGCCUUUCAAUUGUGCAGGAAAACGUACCGCUGCAAAGUGUGUAUCCCGACUUGCUGGAUAUUGUGCAGUUUCAGAUUGAAUACCUAAGGCUGCGAACGGGAAUCACUUGUGUACGGAAUGUGACUGCUACUGAUCCGGUUCUAGGAGCACUUUCUCAUGCCGAUUUCAGUUACAACAACUUCAGUGAUCAAUUACUUUACGAUUCAUUCAGGAAAUUAACAAUGGUGGAGCGUCUUCUUCUGUCAUACUCAAAUAUUUUAUAUUUACCCAAUUACAUUUUUCAAGAUAUGAAAUAUUUGGAAAUAUUGGAUUUAUCUAACAAUAAGUUGACAACGAUUUCAAAAACAAUAUUUGGGAUUAGCGAUAUUUCACCUAAUAUGAGAAUUUAUGCGGACUCGAAUAUUUGGCACUGCGACUGUCAACUGCAGCGUGAAAUGAAUAGUAUCUUCAAUUAUCAGAGCUCAAAAUAUUUAAUGCUUUGCGAGACUCCAGAGCAGUAUAAGGAUUGGCUAGUAUUUGAUCAACGCAUCUGUAAUGGCAUGGAUGAGGAAGCAACAGCACAAGCUCGCACCACAACAACAAUAACUACAACGACAAUUAAAAGUGUACCAAUCUCCACGAUCAAGACUACUCCAAGAUUCACAACAGAUCAUCCAAUUUUUAUUCCAACUAUAUCGACAGCUGGCACUGUCAAUCCCAGUCAUAUUGUGCCUUUGGAAUGUACUGCGUCUAAUAAUUCAUUGAUCACUAACGUCACAAGACAGAAUUGCAGAUGGCCACAAAUUUACUUUAUCCCCAAAGUUUUUGGGGCGCUCACUGUCAAAAUAACGGUCGAUCAAAGGGAUAGCCAAAGUUCAUUUGGCCUAUUUUGGUUCUCAAAAACAACAAAAGAAUAUUACAUGAUGGAAUUAUUACCAGACGAAUUCGGUCUUGGAUGUUACUUCACAAUGCCACUGCAGACGAUUGUAACUAAAUUGGUGCCCAACAUGGCUUACACUUUCUGUUUGGUCGAUGAUAAUCAAAACUCAGUGUCACCCUUCAGUUGCAAGUCCGUACAUGUUGGCAGCAAUUUAAAUACACACUAUAACACCUGGCUAUCGAGAAGAAUGCGAACCAAAGGUAUUUCGGCGAUGGUUCUAGGAAUCGUUUUAUUUAUGUUCCUGGGCAUAUCGACCGUGUUUUUGAUUUUAAAGAAGAAACCCAUCUGGCUUAAGGGUAGCAAACGCGUCAUCACGCCAAAGUAUAGAUCGGGCGAAGUUGUAGUACUGCCACGAUCUUAUACAGCAGAGUAUCUAAAGUAUAAAGAAGACAUGAUCUCUCGAAUUAACGAACAUCGAUCAAUUUCAUUCAUCUCAAGGCACAACUCUGUGGAGAGUCUGGCCAGCAGUGGCAGCUACAUGGAAACAAAUUUGUAUGAAAUGAUACCGACUUAUAUAAGUUUUGAUAAGGUACCGCAAGUUGAUGCUCCCAGCCAGCCGGGAAGCCAAAUACUCGAUGCCUAUCAAUCGCAUGAAACUUUAGCUGAGACUGACAGCGUCAAAUAUGCACAGAUUACGCCGCGAACAAAACGUAUUUCCAGUGAUCCAUUGCCAGCUGUUCCCUCCGAUGUUAGUGAUGUACCAUAGUUAUUUGAAGCUACGAUCAAUGAACGCAGUUCAUAACCAUAAACCUACAAUAUUUAAUCAAUAAAGGCUCUUGUGUUU